AUGUUUUCGAGAACAAAUGCAUCAUCAUUAAUGCCACCAAGCAGCGAUGACAAAAAAGGUUCUUACAAACAAUAUCUAUUACCUGAAAACAUUUUAUAUGAUUCUCAUUAUGGCUCAACACCCAAUAUUGCUUUUUAUUUGGAGAAUGAGAUUGAACAACGACGUGUAUCGGAUGUUGGUCCAUCACUUCGAUUACCAAAUGCUGAUUUAUUCUAUCCAGGUGAAUUGGGUCGAGAUAAACCGUUUGCAUUAAAGCAGAAAAAUUCAUCGCUGACUGUGCUUUUGGACUCGACAAGUUCAAUCAUGCGCACAGCUUCAACAACAUUUCAUUGUUUUAUUGGUUCGGCACGUCGUGCUUCAUAUUGCGGUCAAACAGAUCCAUCUAUUCAACUAGAUCCACAUGGAAAUAGUGGUUCACUUUAUUUACUCCCUACGAGGACUAAUUCUAAUGAGUCAUCUUUAUCCAAUGCAUCAUAUGAAGAACAAAGACGUACGGUAACUAUUUAUGAUGGCCGAAUACCAGCUGCAGCAUCGACACCCACAAUUCCAUUUGAACUUAUGGCGCCCAUUGAUCUUAUAACUCAAACAGUUGACGAUCCCGUUGAAUCUUUCGUUCAAAUUGUACUAGAAGAGCCCGAUGAUCGACCACCGAUAAUGCGUCCUUCAUUAUCAUCAUCACGUAGAAAUUCAGGAAGUCGACAUCGACAUCGUUAUCAUCGAAGUAGUUCACCGAAAUCGUCAUUAAUAAAUGGUCGAUUAUCAACAUCAGAAACUCAAUUAAAUAACGAUACACAACCAUCGUCCGUUGCAGAAAUAUUUAAUUCAUUAGAAAUUCAUUACCAAACACCUGAUACUAUUGUGCCCAUGGAUUUUUCAUUUCUAGAACCGGUACUUCGAGGUGAAAGUGCUGCUCCACCGCCAGCACGUUGUCAAAAACUACAACACAUUUCUCCACAAAACAGUUCAGCAAGUGAAGAUUCAGCUAUUGAUAUUCGCUCACCGUCACGCACAAUAACUAUUAUAAAAGAUGAUUAUAGAUCUUCAGAAUUAUUUUCUGAUGUUAAUAAUGAUAAUUAUUCAGAAAAUAAUUCACUCAUAUCAACUCGUUGUUUGAAAGUACCAUCAUCUGUUGAUUAA